UUUGUUACAUCUUUGUUUAGGUAUUGUUACUAUUGUGGAUUUCUAAUGGAUUUUUUUAACCGGAAAUUGUUAAUAAUAAUAUUUCAAUUUGAAUAUAUUUUGUGUCAAUAGUUAAGCUGACAGUGACGUCUAAUGAACAUUAAAAGACAGCUUGACGAGAUUCAUUAUGGAACCACCAGGCAGUUUAGAUGAGAAUACUGGAAAAUAUGAAAAAAUAUUGAGAGUGUUAAAGAAAAGAAGGCUUAUUGAUAAGUCGGGUGAAAAGACGUGUAGCAAUGACCACGCAUUACCUCACCAAAGCAUGCAUGAAACACAGUCUAAUGCCCUUAGCCUAGAUAAUGAGAGAAGUCUGUCUAUCCAAAGUCGUUUGCAUAUGCCUAAUUGCACUGACUCUCCACCGCCGGAGUUUACUCGACAGAGGGUAUCUUGCUAUGAUAACAUAAGUCAAACAGGGCAGUCGAACGAUGCUCUGCCUAUCCAAGUGAUUUCAGAUAUGUCACCGAACUCUGAUUGCAAGCAAUCGGUUUGUACUCCACCGAGAGAACCCUCGUCAGAUGACAUUACAAGGCAGACACCAAAAACACAUUAUGAAAAGAAAUAUGAAAAAUCAAAAUAUGAUUGGAAAAAAAAUGAAUAUGCAAUAGAUAAAGAAACAAAAUACGAGGAAUAUGAUACAAACCAUGAUGUUGAUAAAUUUGUGGUUCCAAAGUUUAGACUGAAAGGGAGUUUUCAUCAAGGAGAUAAUCGAUUUGGUAUGAAUGCAGGAAAACAAUGUGUUCCAAAUUGUGUUACUGCUGUUAUAUAUAGCAAAUUAAAGAAUGUAAGAGCUUGGAAAACUUCACAUAUUAAUGAUAUUCUUAGUGAAGGGAACGAUUUAUAUAAUUCUAUUCAUGGUUCUAAAGACUUUUUGCUAGUAUCAGAAAUGCCAACUAGCACUAAAUUAUUUAAUUCUUCGUUUUAUGUCAAUUUUAGAGAUUCAAUCAAUGCAAUUGACAGUGAAAUUGAUGCUGAUUUCCCUUUUGCUCUUCCUUUGAAAAUUGGGAUUGAAAAUGCUCUUAUUGAUUCAGAUGGAUGUUUUGUAAGUGUAAAUGGAUAUACAAAUCUUGUUAUUAAACAAGGAAUUCGAUUGUUUUUGUUUGAUUCACAUUCCAGAGACUUGCAAGGUAAACCAUGUGAGAAUGGUUCCAGUAUAGUUAUUGAGUUAACAGACAUUAGCCAUCUGUAUUAUAUUUUGAAAGAGUUUGUUAAAGAUGACCCACAGUCGUUAUUUGAAAUAACAAGUGUAAAUGUAACUAUUUGUUCAAAGGAUACAGAUAAGAGUUAUACAAAGAAGACGUACAAUGAUGGCAAAACAAAAGUUAUUAAAGACCAGGAUUUAGAAAUAUUAAGUUCAUAUUCAUAUUCAAACUUUAAUUAUUUCCCACUUGAAUAUGAAACUAGAAAAAAAGUUUGUUCUAAAUUCAAAAUUUCUCAUAUAAAUGUUAAAGAAACAGCAAAUAAUGGUAAAACUUUCAAUAUUGGUAAACCUGAAAAAUUGAAAUCAAUAGUAUCAGAUGGAAAUUGUUUAUUUAGAGCAUUAUCAUUUGCUAUUUCACAGAGACAAGAAUAUCAUAUACAAAUAAGAAAAAAGAUAGUCGAUCACAUAUUGCAUAUUUCAAAAUCUCUCUCAUCCUUUGUUCGUGAUCCGUACGAAAAUGUAGAGGAAUAUGUCAGAAUUCGGAAAAUGAACGAAUCAAAUACUUGGGGAACAGAGCUAGAAAUUCUUGCGGCAGCACAUUUUAUGCAAAUUGAUAUUUACACGUUUACCAACAACAAAUGGAUAAAAUAUUCUGCUCAUCAAAUAGAUACCAAUAUUAAUGUUGAAAGUGACGCUAUCUAUUUGAAACACAAUAAUGAAUCAUCUCAUUAUGAAGUUGUCAUGAGCGUUGAAGGGAAAAGGGAAUGUGAUAAAUUAGAAAAGACGAAAAACGUUAAAAGUAUAAGCUGUGAAUUUGACAAAUUACAAAGAAAUAUUUGCACUGAUCAUGAUAUCAAGAAAAGUAAUAUAUUACCGCAUGAAAUUUUAGAAAUGGAUGAGCAUACUGACAUUACAGAUCUGUCAAGGGAAAGGAGACUGGAGGUUGAAGUAAAUGUUUCAAUUGACAAUGUUAAAUGUCAAAGAAGGAAUAACAUUGAUGGCAACCAAGUUGUUGAAGAUGGAGACGUGGAAAUGUUUGAUACAGCGGUAUACUCAGGUUUAAAUUAUAUUCCACUUGGAUAUAAAACUAAGCGAAAACUUUGUAUGAAAUUCAAAAUUGCACAUAAAAAUAUCAAAGAAACAUCAGGUGUAAAUGAAAAGUUCGAUAUGGGUAAACCUGUAAGUUCAAAAUCAAUAGUAUCUGAUGGAAAUGGUUUAUUUAGAGCACUAUCAUUUGCUAUUUCACAGAGACAAGAAUAUCAUAUACAAAUAAGAAAAAAGAUAGUCGAUCACAUAUUGCAUAUUUCAAAAGACAUCGCAUCCUUUGUUCCUGAUCCAUUCGAAAAUGCAGCGGAAUAUGUCAGAAUGCGGAAAAUGAAAGAACCAAAAACUUUGGGAACAGAAAUGGAAAUUCUUGCGGCUUCACAUUACAUGCACGCUGAUAUUUACACGUUUACCAAUAACAAAUGGAUAAAAUAUAGUCCUCAUCAAAUAGAUAAAGAUAUAAACGUUGAACAUGAAGCUAUCUACUUACAACACGUUGAAAAAUCAUCUCAUUAUGAAGUUGUAAUGGACGUUGCAGAUAAUAGUAUACGCAAUAUACUAAUGAAGAGUGAGAUGAUUGAAGACUGUACAAGAGUUAAAUAUGAAUUAGACCAAAAAUCAAGAAAUAAUUGUACUGAUACAAAGAAUAACAAUACAUUGUUGAAUGAAAAACAAGUGGAUUUAACAGAUCUUCGAAGAAAAAGAAAACGAGAAUUGGAAAAGAUGAGAUAUUGUCAAAAUGAUACAGUGAGAGACAAGAAAAAGAGACGCUGUAAAGAAACGUACUGGCAUAAUGAAACAUACAGAGCAAACAUUAUUGAAAAGAGCAAAAAGAAAUAUAUGGACAACGAAACCUACAGGACCAACAUGAUUGAAAAGGGAAAACAGAAGUAUGAAGAUGAUGAAACAUAUAGGGCCAACAUGAUUGAAAAGGGAAAACAAGAGUACCAAGAGGAUGAAACAUAUAGGAACAAUAAAAUUGAAAAGGGAAAGAAGAAGUAUAAAGAGAAUGCAACAUAUAGGGACAACAUGAUUGUAAAUGGAAAAAAGAAGUAUGAAAGCAAUGAAAUAUAUAGGAACAAUAUAAUUGAAAAAGUUCAUGAAAAAAGAUCAUUAUUCAAAGUCGCAAAGUCUCAUAUUGAUGUUGUGGUUCAAACAUUUAAAGAUGCCAUUAAGAAGGGACCAGAGUAUGUUUGUGCUUGCUGUUUGAGACUUUUAUUUCAAAACCAAGUCUUAGAAUGCAAACGUGAAAACUAUGAUAAACAGCUAAUACAGAAAUGCGUUACAGAGAAGUAUGUUCAUGAGUGUUCCAGUGAAUGUGAAUCAAAUUGUUUAUUGGCUGUUUCUUGUAGGAACAAACUUUGGAUUUGUUAUACAUGCCACAGAAAAUUACAUAAAGGUUUAACACCACCUGAAUCGUUUUGUAAUAACUUACAAUUAGAAACUGUUCCUGAUGAGUUAUGCAAUUUGAAUAAACUUGAAAGCCAUUUGAUAGCACUUAAUAUACCCUUCCAGAAAAUAAUGAACUUGCCAAAAGGUAAUCAAGCAGGGAUAAUUGGACCAGUUGUUUUGGUCCCGUCAGAUGUCAAAGUCGUUACGAAUACAUUGCCAAGACCAGUGGAUGAUAAUUUGUUAGUAAAAGUAAAGUUAAAGAGGAAAUUAGAGUACAAAGGUUAUGUUCAGUAUGAAUUUGUGGAUAUCAAACAUGUGGAGAAAGCCUUCAACUAUUUACGGAAGCACAAUAAAUGGUAUGCGAAUAUAGAAUUAAACAGUCAGUGGAUGGAUACCAAUAAUGAACAGAAUGAAUCAUUUGAUGUAAUCAAUGAUAGUGCAAAUAAUUUAAAAAAUGAAUCAAACAAAAAGAACGAUACAGAUGCUGAGGAAAGUUAUCUGAAUGAAAGUUUAAGAGGCAUUCAGUUAGAUACAUGUUUACAACCAGCAGAUAUUGGCCAAGAGGUUUUAGAUUGUUACUUUGAUGAAGAAUUUGACGUUGCACCAGCGGAAGGAAACAACCCCAUACGUGUAUUAAAAGAGGAAGGCAUUGAAUCAAAGACUUUCCCCUGUCAUUAUCCAUCCGGUAAAAAUACAUUGACUGAUCAAAGAGAUAUUAAGUUAUCUUCUUCGAGAUAUUUCAAUUUGAGAUUGUUGAGUGUUGAAAAUCGUUUUGCAAGAGAUACGUCGUAUAUAUUUUUUUGUCAGUAUCUAUCAGAAUUGGAGAAGGUUAUGUCUAAUGUACAGAUAUCUUUACGGAAAGACUUUUCUAAAUCAGGAACAGGAAAACAGGUAACAUCUGAUAUGAUUUGUAGAGGUGACGGUUUGAAACAGCUAUUUAAAAGUGACGAAGGUAUAAAAUUUCUAAAGCCGGUAAGAGGGACCCCUCCUUUCUGGCAGAAGACGCAGAAAGAUGUUUUAGCGAUGAUAAGACAAAUAGGAAUACCUGCUUUUUUCUGUUCAUUUUCUUCGGCUGAUUUAAGAUGGUCAGAAAUAGUUGAAUCGAUAAUGAUGCAGCAAGGAAUUGCUGUCAAUGCAAAAGAAUUAAGUUGGGAUGAAAAAUGUAAGAUACUCCGAAGUAAUCCUGUAACAGCGGCCAGAAUGUUCGAUCAUAGAUUUCAUCUCUUUUUAAAAACAGUUAUUAUGUCAGAUGCCCAUCCUAUUGGAAAAGUGAAAGACUAUUUCUAUCGGGUUGAGUUUCAGCAAAGGGGUUCUCCUCAUACACAUUGUUUAUUUUGGAUCGAAGAUGCACCUAAAUUUGAAGUGGAUGAAGAUCAACAAGUUAUCGAUUUUGUAGAUAAAUAUAUUACUUGUUCAAUGCCGUCUCCUGAUGAGGAUCCAGAACUUCAUAAAAUUGUGAAUGCUGUACAACAGCAUAGUAAAAAUCAUUCAAAAAGUUGCAAGAAGAAAGGUACGAAUUGUAGAUUCAAUUUUCCAAGACCUCCUUCAGUGCAUUCGUUCAUAUCUCGACCUGUCACUGAAAAAGACUUGACCGAGUCCGACAUUAAAAUUAGCAAAGACAAAUUGGAAACUGUAUGGAAAGAAAUAAAGGAUUCAGAAUUAGAUGAUAUUUCUACAGACAAACUAUUUGAAAAAGCAGGGAUAUCACAAGAGGAAUUUGUAAAAUGCUUUCAAUAUGUAACUUCCAGAAACACUAUUGUAUUAAAAAGAAAGAAGACGGAAUGUUUUACAAAUCAAUAUAAUGCACAUUUACUUAGAGCGUGGGAUGCCAAUAUGGAUAUUCAGUUUGUUUUAGAUGUGUUUUCAUGCGUUGUGUACAUUAUCAGUUAUAUAAGCAAAUCUGAAAGGGAAUUAGGAAUGUUACUUCAACAAACAAAAUGUGAAGCAGCUGACGGAAAUUUAAGUGCACAACAAACCAUGAAAAAAGUUGGAUCUGCCUAUCUUCACCAUAGAGAGAUCAGUGCACAAGAAGCAGUGUUUCGUGUAACUGGGUUGAGAAUGAAGGAAUGUUCUCGAAAAGUUGAAUUUAUCCCCGUGGGUGAAAAUCCUUAUUUCUGUUCAAAGUUUAAUGUUUUAACUGAAUCGCAAGUUCCUAAAAAGAUAAAUAAAGACACAACUUUUAAAUUGAAAAAAGAAUUGGGUUAUAUUAGGAAAUUAACAAGAACAUCUCCAGGUAUUAUCAGAUAUCCUCGCUUUUCAGUCGACAAGGUGCCAGAAAAAUACUAUCAAAGUAUUUUACAAUUGUUUUUACCCUUUAGAAGUGACGACCAAUUGAAACCGUCAAUGUUUGAACAUUAUGAAGAAUUUUACAAGCGUGGGCAUGUAAAAUUCUCUAAUAGUAAAAGUUUGUCAGCUGUGAAAGUUAUUGUAGAUCAUAAUAUGUCUUCAUAUGUGAAAACAUCAAGUUCUAUAGACAAAGCCAUUGAAAAGUUAGAGGAAAAUGGAUCACAUGAAGAUGCAUGGUCUCAAUUAUGUUCCGAAUCAGAAAGUGAAAGGGUUAUGUGUGGUAUUGAAGGAUCUGCAAACGGAAAUGACAGUCCUGAUGAUGAAAUAAUUGAAAACAAUCUUCCAGAUUUAAACCGUGAAGUUGAGAAAGAGUUCAGCUUACCGAUUAGGUCUACGGUGUUUACUAAUAAGGAGAUUAUACCGAUGUUAAGAAGUAUGAAUGAAAAUCAAAAACACAUCUUCUUUGACAUUAGACAUUGGUGUCUUCAAAAGGCAAAUGGAAAACAUGUUGAUCCAUUUUACGUUUUCAUUACUGGUGGCGCGGGAACAGGCAAGAGUCAGUUAAUCAAGUGUCUGUAUUUUGAGAUAUCCAGAAUUCUUGCUCCAAUCUUGUGCAACCCAGAUGACGUUAGUGUACUUCUGACAGCACCUACAGGUACCGCCGCAUUUAAUAUUAAUGGAAUGACUAUUCAUAGUUGUCUGUCAAUAUUCAAGUCAUUAUCAAAGGAUCAUGCUACACUAAGUGAGGACAAAUUAAACACAUUACGAACUAAAUUGGACAACCUACAAGUACUUAUCAUCGAUGAGAUAUCUAUGGUUAAUAAACGUCUUUUGUAUUUUGUUCAUGAAAGAUUAAGACAAAUCAAGAAAAAACCUGAAAGUUGUUUGUUUGGAGGUGUUUCUAUUAUAGCAGUUGGUGAUUUCUACCAGUUACCCCCUGUAAAAUCCAAAAAAAGUGAUAAACUCUAUGUAAACGAUCCUUCUAAUCCUUUGAAUUACCUGUGGAAUGAAUUGUUUAAGGUAGCUGUACUGGAUGAAAUAAUGCGACAAAAAGACGAUAAAACAUUUGCAGAAAUGUUGAAUAGACUGAGAAUAAAGAAGAAACAUGAGAUGAUUGAACCUGAUGAUAUCUUAUUGUUAAAACAUUGCAUGACAGAAGCACCAGAUCGCAUUUUACACAUUUUUGCAACAAAUGCUGAAGUUCAACAGUUUAAUAAUAGUAUGAUCAUGAAAUAUUUUUCUGACCCUAUAUUGGUUGAGGCCGAAGAUUACGAAAAGGAUAAGACUACUGGAACAUUGAAAAGAAAGUCUUCAUUUUACAGUAGCAGUGAUAUUCAACUACCAUCAUCCAUUCUUUUAGCGGUCGGUGCCCGUAUAAUGUUAAUCAGAAAUCAAGAUACUAAAGAUGGUUUAGUGAAUGGAGUGAUGGGAACAGUACAUAAAAUUAUUACUGCUGUCAAUCUUCCAGAAAUAAUAUAUAUUCAGUUUGAUGAUGACAAUGUAGGUAAAAGUGCGAAAGAACAAAAAUUUAUCAAUGGAAAUAGAUGUGUAGGUUUAGGUCGGUGUUCAGAAGAUUUGUCAUUUCAGAGUGGUGUAAGAAAACAAUAUCCGUUAAAGUUAGCAUUUGCAUGUACAGCUCAUAAAGUCCAAGGACUUACUGUGUCUGAAGUAGCAGUUGAUUUGAGUAAAUGUUUUACAUAUGGACAAAGCUAUGUAGCCCUUAGUAGAGUAACAUCAAAUAAAGGUUUAUUUAUAUCUGAAAUGAACAAUGAAUCUUUAAGUGCGAAAAUAUAUGCAGACCCUGAUAUUGAAGCUGGUUUAGCAUCAAUGCAAUUAUUUUCAAUGAGAACUGCAUCUGCGUCUGUUGCUAAUAUUUUGAAAGAUCAUCAAAUGAGAAUUGUUUAUCAUAAUAUCCAAGGGUUGUUGUCUCAUAUUGGUGAUUUGAAAGUAAACAAUGAUAUGGUAAGAGCUGACUUUAUAUGUUUGACUGAAACAUGGUUGACAUCAAAUGAUCAGUAUGUUAAUCUGAAUAAUUAUGACUUUCGUCAUGUAUGCAGAAGUGAAGCUUUCAAUGACGACAAUGAAAUGUUUCGAACAAUAAAACAUAUGAAAAAUGGAGGAGUAGGAUAUUUUUGUAAAAAUCGUAUUAAUUAUCAGCAUAUUGAUUUGCACAUAAAAAAUAUUGAGUGUAUUGGUUUUAGAAUAAUAGAAAUAAACACGCUUAUUGUAACAGUUUAUAGAACACAAAAGUAUGAUGUUGAGACUUUUAUAAAACAGUUUAGAUUAGUUUUAAAUGAAAUUAGUCGUAUUUCACACAAAUCAGUAAUUGUUGGUGAUUUCAACCAGAAUAUCAUGAAAGACGAAAGGUCUAUUGAAAAUUUUAUGAAAUCUCAAGGGUAUGUACAGGUUAUUACGGAACCAACAACAGAAAAAGGAACAUUAAUUGAUCAUGUAUAUUUGAAAGGAAUUAAUCCAUGCUGUAAAGACGGAUGUAAAGAAAAGUUAAUAAAUAUUCGAAAGGAACUUGUCGGAUUCUUAGAGGAACUGGAACAGGUAAUCGAUAAAAAAGGAGAUGCUCUUGAAAAAGAAUGCAAAGACAAAAUUGAACAGAAUAUUAAAGAUCUGACAACAAGAAAGAAUAAAUCAGAGUCCUGGCAAACUGCUAUUAAAACGCUUGUAGAUCAUGCUUCAGAAACUAGAAUCCUCGCAGCCGUUAAGACGCUUGAUCGUUUACAAGGCAAAGAAGAAUCUUUUUUAGAUAACUUUCAGGAGAAUUUAACAGAAUACGAAAUUCGGUCGUCUUCAUUUGACUUCACAGGGAAGAUUAAACCAAUUUUAACUAAAAUAUCUGCAAUAAAAAUUGAAAAGAUAAAAACUAGAGUUCAAGAACCACUAGAUAAUCAGCAAGUUCAACCUUAUCAUUUUCAACAAGGAAAAGUCCGUCUUUAUCAGAAGAUCAGUUGCUCUCAGCAUAAAAUGACAAGAAUUUACUCUGCUUGUUUCACUUUAGAUAAUCGCAUCGUAUUUUCAGGCCACUUUUUGCUAAAUAUUUAUGACAUUGCCAGCGCUAGUGUCCAAUCAAUACAAAUGAAAUAUUGCCCUCUAGACAUAACUUGUGAUUUGAAAAAUGAUACUUAUGCAUCUUUUCCCGCCGUAGGCCUCUGCAAAUUUAAUAAAGAGAACUUCACAGAGGACACUUGGUUUACCCAGACAAGCGGCUGUUUCAAUUGUGUCAAGGUGACAAAUGACAAGAUUUAUUCAAAUAUCAACUCACGGGAAGUUGUUGUCUUCAAUGAAGAUCAAAGAAUCGUUAAGUCUUUGAAAACUAAAAUUAAGCUGGAAUUCAUGUGUCUGGCAGACCAUAAUGGAAUAUUUAUUUCUGAUGGCAAAUCAAUCAAACAUUUGACUGAAAGUGGCGCAAUUAGUCGUACUCCUUACACUCUGAAGAGAGACAAUGAGAUUACAGGACUAGAUGCUGAUCAGCAAGGGCAAUUGUAA